GGCACGUACGGGUCGCGCAGCCGUGCUGCCCGACACCGAACACUUCGUUCGCUCGCGAGGCCGAGGCCCCAGUGUGUUUUUACUCGGGGUUGAGUAAACUCCGGCCUGUUGUGUAUCAUAAUACGCGUGCACGCGGGUUUACGGGUUAGCCUUGCAUCGACCACUGGAUGCACCCUUGUCUUGCACCACGCCGCGCCGCCUGUCUCUUCCUCGAUCGACGGAGACCAACUUCCCAACAGACUACAGAGAUAUUCCGAAGCGUCAACAAAACACCAUUUAAACGGUCUAACGAGUAAACGAACGCCGCCGUCUCCGUCUACCGCCGACGGAAUUGAUAAUUCGCCGACGAUCUAUCGAACCGAGUGGCUACCAUGCCGAUUCGAAAGUUUCAGUGAGUGACUGUAUCGACUUGCUCAGAAAUAUCUAGUGAAAUUCCCUAUAUCAUCAUAUAUCGAUUCCACCAUCCAAUUGUUUAGUGACUAAGUGUAAAUAAUUAAAUGUGACUGAUCGAAAUCAGUGAGUGAAUGUAAAAAUCAAAGUUCACUGCCGUCUUUGGAGGAUAUAUAGGACAUUUAACGUAUUAAAUAAAAAUGUCGUUACGUUAAAACUAUUCUGCAAAUAUAUAUAGCCAGUGAUCUAGACAUACUAUAUAGAUUCACGUAUCACAGAGCAAGCGCUACUGAAUCUUUUUUAAAAUCACCUCCACGUGUUUAAAGUAAAGCCAAGAUCAGGUGCACUUGUAAAGAUGCAUACGCUGUUCAGCGAGCAGAAUGCAUAUUACAGGCACGCAACGGCGGUUCCUGUUGGGAUGGGCACUCCGUCGUAUCCAGGAGUGGGCGCCGCACCAGGAUACUACGAACAAUACCGGUACGGCGGUUACGCGACGGCGGCAGGUUACCCGGUCUCAGGCAUAACCCAGCAACACAUUCACCAUCCCGGUAAGGAUAUGGUAAAACCUCCGUAUUCUUACAUAGCUUUGAUCGCGAUGGCGAUCCAAAACGCUCCCGACAAGAAGAUCACGCUAAACGGGAUUUAUCAAUUUAUCAUGGAGCGUUUUCCUUAUUACCGUGAGAACAAGCAAGGCUGGCAGAAUUCGAUCAGGCAUAAUCUCAGUUUAAACGAGUGCUUUGUGAAGGUGCCAAGGGAUGACAAGAAGCCCGGUAAAGGAAGCUACUGGUCGCUGGACCCGGAUAGCUACAAUAUGUUCGAUAACGGUUCUUAUCUAAGGCGUCGGCGGCGCUUUAAAAAGAAGGAUGCCCUGAAAGAGAAAGAAGAAGCAUUAAAGAGACAAGGCUUGGUUCCCGAGAAGCAACGUAAUCAGGACGAGACGAAACCUAGUAACAUUGUAAUAGCGCCACCGUCGGAUGCGUCUACGAAGAAAUUGGGCACCCUGGACACGACUUUGUGUAAACCGAAAAGGGAGCCGGUAAACGACGCUGGUAGUCAUUGCAUGGCUGUACAAGCGAAAUACGGUCUUCACAGUCCUAUUCAAGACACAAAGACAGCGGUAACGACGACGUCAGCCGUCGCAAUAGCUGGCCAAAGCGUCAUCCAAACUGCUCUGGGUCAUCAAGUGCACCAAGCUCAUCAGGUUCAUCAAGACAGCAUUCAAGAUGUGUCUAUGGGAUUAGAUCCUACUAGUUUUAGCGUGGAUGCAUUGAUGACGACGAGAGAGAACAGCGCAGCUCUAAUGACAAGGGAUAAUCCACAUCAUACGCAUCAUCCUCACGGUCUUCAACAUACUCACCCUCACUCACACUCGAUUAUGACGAGCAGGGAGUCGAUGGGUUCGGGGGUGGUCUCCAGGGACCACCUGCCCUCCGUUUGCGCGACUACAACGACGACGACGGCCGCCGUCGCGGCAAUGAUGGCGACUACUGGAUACGGUCACAGCAGCACCGUGUCUAGGAGCAACGGCUCGCCGCCUGGAACCAUGUACGCGCCUUAUUGCACGCCCACGGCUGGUUACAUAAUGGAUCAUACGGAAUACAAUUCGAGAAACCAUAAUAACACCGCGGGACACUCGCAAUGGUACCAGGAGGCGGCCAGUCCCGACGCCGCCGCCAUUUAUCAGGAUACUCAAUCGCCGAGCUGUCAGCUUUACAGAUCCAGCCCGCCAACUCCUCUCUCAUCGAGCGCAGCUCCGUCUCCACCCUUGUACCACAGAUACUACCAAGACUGCAAUACUGUCAACACUAGCGGAAAUCUACCCAUCACGUUGCAUAAGUACUGAGAAUACCGAAAUUCAAGGCCUCAUCACCGAGGCCUUGAAGAACAUCACACCGAGCACUACGACCCGAGCUUGGUUUAUGUGAAACAAGAGUGGAUCCCGUGCACGGAAGAGCUCGCCAAAGAGUGGAAUUAGAUAAGUCUAGAAAUCCAUGAUAAAACGGCGUGAAAGUAAUAUCAAUUUGAAUUUCAAUUUGCCGAAACUAUACGAACUAAACGAUACGAAAAUAGCUGUAGAUAUUUCAUCGUUCAUGUACUUGAUAAUAGUACAAUGAAUGUAUAACGUAGCACGUUAUAGGUGCAGUAAAAAAGGAUUUUAACGAAUAGGAGAGAAUUGAAGGACUCAUGACAAAAACGAUCCUUGUUCGUAUUUAUCUUCAAGAUCUUUUAUUUCUGUUUAAUUUAUUUCAGUCCCUUUAAUGAAAUAUUCUUCGUAUUAAACAACUAAAUGGACUGCCAUAAUGAGAUUGGACUGCUCUAAGAAAAAGCAAUUUGAGAUUAAUCAAAAUCAAAUAACUUUCUGGAAUGUGCUAUAUAUUCAUAGUCAACUAAUAUUCGGAAUAAUAAACUUUUACACUUUUUAAUACGAAAGCUGCAUUUCUUUCUCAUCUAAA